GUGGACAGAAACCUAAGUCAGGAUAAGACUGAAACUAGAGCUGCCGCAGAAGGGUCCAAUGCUUACGCCUACGCGCGAGCUCGAGCGCGUCGCCAUGUGAUGUGCUCGAUGACGUCAACGUAACCGUCACUCAAUAUAGUAGCCAAACUUCCAGCGCAAGUUGUUUACGACUACCAACCAUCUACAACUUCUCAAAUCGCUGUACACAUACCUCUAAAUCGAUCCUCCACACACCUAGCACAUACAUCAACAUGUCCGCCGCACCAAACAACCCCGGUCUCGUCUCUUCUCACGCCCAAUAUGUUAAGGGCGCCGCCGAGGAGACCAUCGGAAACGUCACCGGCAGUGAGCCAUGGAAGGCAUCAGGCGUGCAAGACAAGGAGCAAGCGGUGGACGCCAUGAAGGCAGCAUCAGCGAACCGCGACCCCAGCCAACAAGGAAUGGGUGGUAUCGAGGAGAAGGCAGGAAACCUAGUCGGCUGCGAAGGCAUGCAAAAGGAGGGUGCCGAGAGCAAGAAGGAGUAGAUGGCUACUGCAGUUGUUUAAAUGAAAUUAUAUAACGACAAACGAGCAAUGCUGUCAACUUCACAUGCGACAAAAUAAUUUGCCGCGACGAUUUGAAUGUCUCGAUAUAAAGGAUGUGUCCGUACGUCAUUGCUUGAAGUAGUAUCGUGAAGGACCCUGGACUUCGUAGAGCACGGUCCCUGCGAGCUUUGAGCUUGAGCUUCUCGCAAUCGAGCUUUAACACACCGCAAACUUCGCCGUCGCAGUACUACCACCCCGUCACCAGUCGCGCGAAACGUCGUAUU